GAUCAAUUGAUGUUACCAGUACACUGUUACAAAUAAUGGAAGGAAAAGCCCUGCUGCUAGCCACAUCUGUUUGCCAUGGCUAAGCACACACAGCAGGAGAACACGAGCGGCCCGAUGUUGACGGAAGACGAAGAAGAGGAGCAUCAUCGUGGGGAUCGUCCGCUGCUUCCAGUAUAUGCACAAGAGAAGCAGGAUGCCAAGCCACCGCCAUUGCCGAUGAAGAGCGGGAGCAUGCGAUCAAAAUCAAGAGUUGAGGAGGAGGCGUCUGGAUCCUGCAGCGUCCGGUCACUGUCAUUCUCCAAGCUUUUCAGCUUCAGGGUCACCACCUCCACGACUGCCAUGGACAUUGAUCAUCUGGCUGCUGCUGAAGAUGCUUGUGCAGAACAACUAAAGCAGCAGCAACUGAAGCCGGUGUGCCGCUCGCAGUCGAUGCCCAUGACCAGCACCAAGAGGUUCCCCCAGAGUCACAGAAAGAGGGUGGUGGACUCGAGCUCGCUCCCCCGGUUCCGGGUGUCGUCCAUGCCCGUGCCAGCACUAGAGUCAUCACAAUCAGACUCAGCAGAAGCACAAGAAGGAGCUGAAGGAUCCAAGCAGGAGGAUGAAGAGGAGGUUGGAGAAGAGGAGGCAGUCUGCAGGAUCUGCAUGGUGGCGCUGGGAGAAGGGGGGAAUGUUCUGAAGCUGGAGUGCCGGUGCAAGGGCGAGCUCGCUCUGGCGCACCGGGAUUGCGCCCUGAAAUGGUUUGGCAUCAAGGGCAACGCCAACUGCGACGUCUGCGGCCACGACGUGCUCAACCUGCCUGUCACGCUCCGCCGCGUCCGCAACAAUGCUCCUCCGCCGCUACCACCGUCUCCGGCUUCUGCUGCUGCAACUCCUCCAGGCAGUGGCGGCGGAUUCAUGGGGUUUUGGCGGCACCGCACGGCGAUCCUGGUGGUGGUGAGCAUGCUGGCCUACUUCUGCUUCCUGGAGCAGCUGCUGGUGGGCGACCAUGGCACCGCCGCCCUAGCCAUCUCAUUGCCCUUCGCCGGCGUCCUCGGCCUCUUCUCCUCCCUCACCACGUCCAAGAUGGUGUCCUCCAGGAGAUACGUCUGGAUCUACUCCGCUGUCCAGUUCCUCUUCGUCGUCCUCUUCACCCACCUCUUCUACCGCUACGUGCGGCUGCAGGCCGUCAUCGCCAUCAUCCUCUCCACCUUUGCCGGGUUCGGCGUUGCCAUCUGUGCCAACGCCGUGCUCCUCCAGAUCAUCAGGUGGAGAGCCAGACGCGUCCCGACACCACCAUCAGACCUUCAGAUGGCCCAGCCAUAGCUACAUAUUCAGCUUCUUUCUUUACUCUGCUUUCUACUUAUACUGUAUAUAGCUACCUGUGGGCUGUUCUCUCAGAUUUUGUCUAUGAAUAUAUAGUUUGAAAUAUGAAAAAAAGAAGGGCGGAAGCAAAGGAUUUCUUGCUUUUUUUUCGAUU